UGCGUUCUCUCUUCUCCUCCGGCCCCGUUCACCUCAAACGCUAACACCACAUCAUUCUUUUUAUGUCUCCAUCAGUUGCUGGUGGGUGGACUUAGAGGCUGACAUCUCUUUCUCUUUCUCUCUCUCAUUCUCAAGCCGUUUUAGCGCCACCCUUUUAUCACUCAGCUUACUGCAAUCUAGCUCCAAACCCAAAUAAAGAGAGAGAGAGAGAGAAACUCUGGAGAGAGGGGUUCAUGAAUGCUUUAUUAGGGUUCUCAUAUUUGCUUCGUUUCAUCCUCUUCUACUCCUGAAAUCACUCCUUUUCCUUCUCUUUUCUCUCUUCUCUUUCUUAAUAGUCCUCGGGAUCCGAUCUCUCUCUUCUCUUGUGGGUUUUUUCUUUUUUGAUUUGGAACUCUCUCUUCUUGUGGAUAGCUAGCAAUUACUACUACAUAAGACGCAGUUGGUGAAAGCAAAGCUGUUUGAGGACAAAGAAGGAGGAGAUUGAGUUCAAUUCCCGAGGAAAACAUUUACUACUAACUUUUUCUACUUUGCUUUUCUUGUCUUCUGUUUUUGUCCUCUUGUGUCUCCCUGCCUUUGUUUCAGUGCUGUUUCUUUUUGUCUAGUUCUGUUGGAACUUGGAUUUCAUUUGUGACCAAGUUACGACAAAAAGGCUGUUGAUGAUAGAGAGCUUAAACAACUUUCUCAUCUACCCUAUAUACCUCAAGAUUUAGUGCUGCGUACUAAGUUUUUGGUUUCAUCAGAUCCACACCGGAAUUCUAUUCAGACUCUAUACAUAGUUACAUCGAUCCUCGCGGGGAGAGCCAAAUAACGAGAUACACAGGUUUUAAUUCUUUGAGAGCGGAAAUGGAUACAUUUUCACAUGUACCACCAGGCUUUCGGUUUCAUCCAACCGAUGAAGAGCUCGUUGGUUACUACCUUAGGAAAAAGGUAGCGUCUAAAAGGAUUGAUCUAGAUGUGAUCAAAGAUGUCGAUCUCUAUAAAAUUGAACCAUGGGAUCUCCAAGAACUAUGCAAAAUAGGAACCGAUGAACAAAGUGACUGGUACUUCUUCAGUCAUAAAGAUAAGAAAUAUCCAACUGGAACUCGCACCAAUAGAGCUACAAAAGCAGGAUUCUGGAAAGCCACGGGAAGAGACAAGGCAAUAUACUCUAAGCAUUGCCUCAUUGGCAUGAGAAAGACUCUCGUGUUUUACAAAGGACGAGCCCCAAAUGGACAGAAGUCUGAUUGGAUCAUGCAUGAGUACAGACUAGAAACUAAUGAAAAUGGAACUUCUCAGGAAGAAGGCUGGGUUGUGUGUAGAGUGUUCAAGAAGAGGAUGACAACAACGCAGAAAGUGGGAGAGUAUGAUCAAUCACCCUGUUGGUACGAUGAGCAAGUUUCCUUCAUGCAAGAUCUUGAAUCCCCAAGGCGCAAUAUUUCUCAGACUUAUGCAUCAUACCACCAUCACCAACAACAGCACCACCACCAUCCCUGCAAGCCUGAGCUCAUGGAAUUGCAAUACAACAACAUUCCCCACGAUGCAUUCCUCCAACUUCCGCAACUCGAAAGCCCCAAAGUUACUCAAUCAUCAUGCUCAGUUGUCCCUUAUGGCUAUGAAAGCAACAACAACAACAAUGGAAGCACCUUGCAAUUCUCAUCACUCACUCAGGAAGAACAGCUACAAUAUUGCAAUAAUCAACAAAGUCACCAUUCUCUCUAUGGUAGCAAUGAUCAUGCAGUUGACCAGGUCACAGAUUGGCGUGUGCUUGACAAGUUUGUUGCUUCUCAGCUCAGUCACAACAACCAAGAUGUUUCCAAGGAAACCAGUUAUUCCAAUGCACCUAUCUUCCAUGUGGCUGAACAAAUUUCUGUGGCUGCAAAUGGAUCCAAAAAGGAGCAAGUUUCUCAGGAGUAUGCUUCAACGUCUACCUCCAGUUACCAGAUUGACCUGUGGAAGUGAAUUUUUAUAUAUAUAUAUAUAUAUAUAGUAACUAUAAAUAAGAUACGAUGCAUAAUACCAAUUAUAGGAAGUACGUACAAGUGAAUGUUGGAAAAAAAAGACCAUAGUGUUGUUGCUACGUGUUGUUGUACAUAAGAAGCCUAAAAUGUUUUAUAUAUCAUUAGUUGUUGAACCUCUUGAGGCUGGAGUAUAUGGACUGAAAAUGUAUCCAUUAGUUGCAAUUCUUCAGUUGCAAAAAAUACGCCUAUAUAUAGAAAACAAAUUAGUGCUUCAAGGUCAA